AUGCGGUUCAAGUUAUUCAAAAGUAAUAAGAAAUCUCACGCAAAACAAGACGAUCUUCCAGGAUCUUCAUCAUCUUCCAUUCAAGAGGGCCCAUCCAGGAGAGGAGACAAAGUGGUGGAUACGGCCAACGUGUUCCUCGACUUUAUGGCAAAUAUAGCAGAGGCAUCCGAUAUACUAAGCCCUCUUAAAGCUGCUUGUCGAGCGACCAAAACGGUCCUCGACACCGUUCAAGGGAUCAGGAAUAACCAAGAAGACUGGUUAGAGCUCGUACGGCGCCUUGAAGCCUAUCUGUCGGCAAUCAAAGGGCAAAUCACCUUGCUCAAACGCGAUCCUCCUGAGAUUGAUGGGUCCUUGGACGAAGGCUUUAGUCAACCACUGACCCUUUACGUCAAACUCCUCGAGGAUCUCCACAGCAGGAUCGUUGGUUACGUGAAAAUGCAAAACGAUAAAUCACUAGGAGGCCUGACAGCAGUCAGUACAAUGAAGAUCGACGCUGGAGAUAUCCAAAAAUUCAACCGAGAGCUCGAGGAUCGACAUAGGCAGUUCAUGGAUGCAUUAAAUGUCUAUACUGCCUACCGUGUUCAAGAGAUCCGACAAACUACCAAAUCCAUCAAACACAAGGUGGAAACUCUCCUGACAGAAGCCGACUACGCUACCAUACAACGACUGCCAAUGGUAGCCUCGGCCGCAUCUUCCGUCCACAAUACUUGUCUCAAAGGAACCCGUCAGGCUGUCCUCGAGACGAUCUGGCGCUGGGCAGCCAACAAGAAGUCACCAAAACCAAUCUUUUGGCUCUGCGAUAUAGCCGGCUCUGGAAAAUCGACCGUCGCAAUGUCUGCCGUAGAAGCGUGGAAGAAGGAGGGAAUCCUAGGCGGCACAUUUUUCUUCUCCAUGGCGAUCAGCGAAUGGUCUAAUACCGACAAAUUCUGCUCCACUAUUGCCAGGGAACUAGCUCAAUACAUUCCCAAGCUGGCCCCAUACAUUGCCAAGGCCUGGAAGCGAAACCCUGCCAUCCUGCGAAGCUCGUUCGAGGAACAGUUCCGAAUGCUCAUCGCCGAGCCACUCCAGCAUCAACGAAAGCGAGUAAUACUAGUCAUCGACGCUAUCGAUGAAUGCAAGUCUGGACGACAGAGAAAGGAGCUUGUGGAGACACUCUCUGCUGCCGCUCAGGAGAGCAAGAGUCUUCGAAUAUUCAUUACAAGUCGACCAGACCCUGUCAUCGAAAAGGUUUUACAACCUCUUUCGAUCAAAGCCAAGUUGACAGAUCGCCUCCACGAUACUAGCCAUCGUGAUAAUAUCGAGGAUAUUGCGACCUAUGUCCACCAAUCGCUUGGUGGAAUCCUAUCCUCUGAUAAGAGGCAGAGACUGGUCAACAAGGCCAACGGGCUGUUCAUUUGGGCGAGCACUGCAUGUCGGAUGCUCAAUGAUGAAUCGUUGGCAAUCGAUCCCGAGAUCAUAUAUGACCGACUGAUCUCUAUUGAUCAGCCCGGAGCCAUCGACGGCGUAUACGACCUUGUUAUUGCGCGCAUCGACCAAACAUCCAAACCAGCCGUUGUUGAAAUGCUCGGUAUGCUGCUUGCUGCGUUCGAGCCACUCACCAGCGAUGACUUGGAACAUCUCAUUAAACAUGCCAAAGGACAAGGGAGCGCCAAAGCACUGGUACGGGUUUUAGGUACCGUACUCAAGGAGGAUCCAAUCACACAUUUGAUUCAAUUUCGUCAUCCCACGUUUGUCGAAUACCUUCGUCGAUGCUGCGUCGCCCCAGCGGCAGAUGUGAGCGGCAGGAUCUAUAUCAACAUCUCCCACGCGCAUGGUCAAGUCGCGUCAUGGUGUCUGAGUGGUCUCCGAUCGAGAACAGAAGGUCUCAAGUUCAACAUAUGCCAAAUCGAGUCGUCCUUCUAUCUGAAUAGGCAGAUCCCAGACCUGGAAGCUCGGGUAAAUAAAUACAUAUCACGGAGGCUUCGCUAUGCCAGCUUGCACUGGCCAUUCCAUGUGUCAGCAAUGGAUGAUGGCUCAGGACACGAGCUGCAGAGCGAACUGGCACAUAUAGUCAAAAGUCCUUUUGCACUCUACUGGAUGGAGAUAUUGAGUGUGACAGGAGGAGUGAUGCGAGCAGUAUCUGGACUUCGAGCUGCUGCACAACGUCAGAGUAUUGAGAAGGAGACCAGGCAUCGGAUGAAUGACAUCAGGCGGUUUUUGAUGGCAUUUUCUGUGCCUAUCCAGGACAGCGCUCCCCAUAUAUACAUCUCAUCACUCCCAUUCAGUCCGAGAGGGUCAAAAUUACAUAUUGAGGGUCUAGAAGAGCAUAUUCAUGCAUUAAAAGUGACCAGGGGUCUUGACGAGACGUAUCCUGGGCUCCCCAGAAUACUCCAAGGUCAUCAAAAGGAGAUCAACGCAGUUGCAUUCUUGCCAGAUGGCUCGCGAAUUGUCUCUGGCUCACGUGACGAGACACUUCGACUGUGGGAUGCAGAGACUGGCCAGCCGUUGGGAGAGCCACUCCGAGGUCAUCAAGGCUCGAUCAGCACUGUCGCAUUCUCGCCAGAUGGCUCGCGAAUUGUCUCUGGCUCACAUGACAAGACAAUUCGACUGUGGGAUGCAGAGACUGGCCAGCCGUUGGGAGAGCCACUCCGAGGUCAUCAAGACUGGGUCAGGGCUGUCGCAUUCUCGCCAGAUGGCUCGCGAAUUGUCUCUGGCUCAGAUGACAAGACACUUCGACUGUGGGAUGCAGAGACUGGCCAGCCGUUGGGAGAGCCACUCCGAGGUCAUCAAGACUGGGUCACCGCUGUCGCAUUCUCGCCAGAUGGCUCGCGAAUUGUCUCUGGCUCACAUGACAAGACACUUCGACUGUGGGAUGCAGAGACUGGCCAGCCGUUGGGAGAGCCACUCCGAGGUCAUCAAGACUGGGUCAGGGCUGUCGCAUUCUCGCCAGAUGGCUCGCGAAUUGUCUCUGGCUCAGAUGACAAGACACUUCGACUGUGGGAUGCAGAGACUGGCCAGCCGUCUGCUGUCGCAUUCUCGCCAGAUGGCUCGCGAAUUGUCUCUGGCUCAGAUGACAAGACACUUCGACUGUGGGAUGCAGAGACUGGCCAGCCGUUGGGAGAGCCACUCCGAGGUCAUCAAGACUGGGUCACCGCUGUCGCAUUCUCGCCAGAUGGCUCGCGAAUUGUCUCUGGCUCAGAUGACAAGACACUUCGACUGUGGGAUGCAGAGACUGGCCAGCCGUUGGGAGAGCCACUCCGAGGUCAUCAACACUGGGUCAGGGCUGUCGCAUUCUCGCCAGAUGGCUCGCGAAUUGUCUCUGGCUCAGAUGACAAGACACUUCGACUGUGGGAUGCAGAGACUGGCCAGCCGUUGGGAGAGCCACUCCGAGGUCAUCAACACUGGGUCACCGCUGUCGCAUUCUCGCCAGAUGGCUCGCGAAUUGUCUCUGGCUCAGGUGACAAGACACUUCGACUGUGGGAUGCAGAGACUGGCCAGCCGUUGGGAGAGCCACUCCGAGGUCAUCAACACUCGGUCACCGCUGUCGCAUUCUCGCCAGAUGGCUCGCGAAUUGUCUCUGGCUCAGGUGACAAGACACUUCGACUGUGGGAUGCAGAGACUGGCCAGCCGUUGGGAGAGCCACUCCGAGGUCAUCAAGACUCGGUCUGGGCUGUCGCAUUCUCGCCAGAUGGCUCGCGAAUUGUCUCUGGCUCACGUGACGAGACACUUCGACUGUGGGAUGCAGAGACUGGCCAGCCGUUGGGAGAGCCACUCCGAGGUCAUCAAAACUGGGUCAGGGCUGUCGCAUUCUCGCCAGAUGGCUCGCGAAUUGUCUCUGGCUCAGGUGACAAGACACUUCGACUGUGGGAUGCAGAGACUGGCCAGCCGUUGGGAGAGCCACUCCGAGGUCAUCAAGACUCGGUCAGGGCUGUCGCAUUCUCGCCAGAUGGCUCGCGAAUUGUCUCUGGCUCAGGUGACAAGACACUUCGACUGUGGGAUGCAGAGACUGGCCAGCCGUUGGGAGAGCCACUCCGAGGUAAUUCAGCCCCGAUCAGCACUGGUAGUUUCUCGCCAGAUCGUACGCGAGUUGCCUCUGGUUCAAAUGACAACACAAUCCAAAUCCGGAGGGUGCACAAUUGGGAAGUGGCAACGAAUGAAAGUCUAUUCAACGAACAUCCAUCGCUCCAGUCUCUGCACCAACCUGGUCCCGACCUUUCCUGGCAUAACCCAAGUCGGACCCCACUCGUGCGAUAUACAACAUCUGUCACGUUUAUACGACACUUUGAUACAACCGGUACCCUCCGAGGAACAACCUUUGCAAGUGAACAUACCGACACACCACCACGAUCAAUGUCCAGAUCAAAGAUUGAAGAUCUAGGAUUCCUGGAAUUGGUACCAGGUAUCGAUCCCAUCGUCGACAUCGUCGCCAUCCACGGUUUGGACGGUCACAGAGAAGAGACCUGGACGACAGAUGGUGGGAUCCUUUGGCUGCGUGACCUCUUGCCAUCGGCUUUGCCCAACGCUCGCGUCCUUACGUAUGGAUAUGAUGCCGAUACUCGUAGCCGAGAAUGCGUAUCGACGCAGACGAUUCGCCAGCACGCGGAUGGGUUCGCCAAGGCUUUAGCACGGAAGCGGACAGCAGACCCUCGACGUCCCAUCAUCUUCGUCGCACACAAUUUGGGGGGCAUAAUUGUCAAAUGGGCACUCGUUAUCUGCAAUAAUCAGAACCUGGCGUCAAAGGGUGACCUCCGAGACAUCUUAGUAUCGACUCAUGGCGUCCUAUUCUUUGGUACCCCGCAUUCCGGCAUGGACAACACUCUCCUUGAAACUAUCAACCGCUUGGCGUCUAUGUACAUGAAAACGACAGACGGCAUCCUCAAGGAUCUUCGGGAACAUUCUUCGGAGCUAGUAACUGUACAGAGUCUUUACGUCGAAGCGAGUGAGAAGAUAGCUAGCGUAUUCUUCUGCGAGGAGUACAAAACUCCCGUAGAUAGAAAGAGACAGAGACUGAAUGUUCCUCAUCAUUCGGCGAUCAUCCCCGGUGACCGCAAUGCGCCGGCGGUGACACUCCACAGUGAUCAUGGAAAUCUAGUCAGAUUCCCGACGGUAGACAACGACAACUAUCAAACAGUACUUCAUUACCUCAGCGAGUAUUUCGUCAGCGCUCGCCAGACAGUGCACGAAAAGUGGCUUACGGAGGAUGGGUUGCGCCUCGUCGCGAAAGGAAAAUCCAUCUUGCCCAACACUGUGGACCCGCCUGUGGACAUGUCUGUCUUAUUCCAGCUACCAAUGGUCGCAUUUGCUCCAUCUUCUGUGCACAAUCCGUGCCUCAAAGGAACUCGUGCAGCUGUCCUCGACACAAUCUCCAAGUGGGCUAAUGACGAUUCCACCGAGAAGCCAAUCUUUUGGCUCUGCGAUAUAGCCGGCUCUGGCAAAUCGACCGUCGCUAUGUCUACAGUGGAGACGUGGAAAAGGGAGGGAGUCCUAGGUGGUACAUUCUUUUUCUCAAUAGCAAGUAAUGAGGGUUCAACUACCGAGAGGUUCUGUCCCACUCUCGCCAGGGAACUCGCCCAGCAUAUCCCGAAACUUAGGCCCCAUAUCGCCGAGGCCGUGAAGCAGAACCCUGCUCUCUUACGAAGUUCCUUCGAUGAGCAGUUCCGGAUACUCAUCACCGACUCACUUCGACAUCGACAAGAUCGAGUGAUUCUCGUCGUUGACGCCAUCGACGAAUGCAAGUCUGGGCAACAAAGAAGAGAACUUGUAGAGACCCUUUCUACUGCUGUGCAGGAGAGCAAUGGUCUCCGGAUAUUCAUCACGAGCCGACCGGACCCUAUCAUCGAAAGGGUCUUAGAACCUCUUUCGAUCAAAGCCAAGUUGACAGAUCGCCUUCACGAUCCUAUAUAUCACGAUAACAUCGACGACAUUGCGGUCUAUGUACACCAGUCGCUAGAAGCGGUUCUGCCUUACGACAAGAGGCAGCGACUGGUUGAAAAAGCCAAAGGCUUGUUCAUUUGGGCAAGUACGGCUUGUCGAAUGCUCGCCGAGGAGACCGCCGUGAUUGCUCCUGACGCUACAUAUGAUCAGUUGAUAUCCAUGGAUCAGCGCGGAACUAUAGACGAUGUCUAUGAACUCGUCUUCGAUCGCAUUGAUGAAAAAUCUAAAGCUGUCAUCCAUGAAAUGCUCGCUAUGCUGCUCGCCGCGUUCGAGCCGCUCACUACCGAUUAUUUGGAGGACAUGAUGAGGCACGCCAACGUGCGCGGAAGCGCCACGGCGCUAGUACGAAAUCUCGGAAGCAUACUCAAGGAGGAUACAAUCACACACUUGAUUCAGUUUCGCCAUCCCACCGUCGUCGAGUACCUUCGACGUUGCUGCAUUGGCCCAACUGCCGACAUGCGCAAUAGGAUCCAUAUCAACAUAUCCCGGGCACAUGGUCAAGCUGCAUCAUGGUGUCUCCAUCGUCUCAAAUCGCGCAAGGAAGGCCUCAAGUUCAACAUAUGCCAAAUCGACUCUUCGUUCUACCUAAAUAGGCAGAUUCCUGACCUCGAAGACCGGAUGGCGAGAUUCGUUUCACAGAUGCUUCGCUAUGCCAGUUUGCACUGGCCGUUCCAUGUAUCGGCGAUGGAUGAUGAGUCGGCAGACAAGCUGCGGAAUGAGCUAGCACAUAUAGUCAAAAGUCCUUUUGCACUCUACUGGAUGGAGGUACUGAGUGUGACAAGAGGAGUAAUGCGAGCAGUAUCUGGACUUCGAGCUGCUGCACAACGUCAGAGCAUUGAAAAGGAGACCAGGAUUCGGAUGAAUGACAUGAAACGAUUCUUAAUGGCAUUUUCCGUGCCUAUACAAGACAGCGCUCCCCAUAUAUACAUCUCAUCACUCCCAUUCAGUCCAAAGGGGUCAACAUUACAUGUUGAGGGCCUAAGGGAGCACAUGAAUACAUUGAGAGUGACCAGGGGUCUUGACGAGACAUAUCCUGGGCUCCCCAGAAUACUCCAAGGUCAUCAAGACUCGGUCAGCGCUGUCGCAUUCUCGCCAGAUGGCUCGCGAAUUGUCUCUGGCUCAUAUGACAAGACACUUCGAUUGUGGGAUGCAGAGACUGGCCAGCCGUUGGGAGAGCCUCUUAGAGGUCAUCAAGACGCGGUCACCGCUGUCGCAUUCUCUCCAGAUGGCUCGCGAAUUGUCUCUGGCUCAGGUGACAAGACAAUUCGACUGUGGGAUGCAGAGACUGGCCAGCCGUUGGGAGAGCCACUCCGAGGUCAUCAAGACUCGGUCACCGCUAUCGCAUUCUCGCCAGAUGGCUCGCGAAUUGUCUCUGGCUCAGGUGACGAGACAAUUCGACUGUGGAAUGCAGAGACUAGCCAGCCGUUGGGAGAGCCACUCCGAGGUCAUCAACACUGGGUCACCGCUGUCGCAUUCUCGCCAGAUGGCUCGCGAAUUGUCUCUGGCUCACAUGGCAAGCCACUUCGACUGUGGGAUGCAGAGACUGGCCAGCCGUUGGGAGAGCCACUCCGAGGACAUCAAGACUGGGUUGCCGCUGUCGCAUUCUCGCCAGAUGGCUCGCGAAUUGUCUCUGGCUCAGGUGACAAGACAAUUCGACUGUGGGAUGCAGAGACUGGCCAGCCGUUGGGCGAGCCACUCCGAGAUCAUCAACACUUGGUCACCGCUGUCGCAUUCUCGCCAGAUGGCUCGCGAAUUGUCUCUGGCUCAGGUGACAAGACACUUCGACUGUGGGAUGCAGAGACUGGCCAGCCGUUGGGAGAGCCACUCCGAGGUCAUCAAACCUGGGUCAAGGCUGUCGCAUUCUCGCCAGAUGGCUCGCGAAUUGUCUCUGGCUCAGGUGACAGGACACUUCGACUGUGGGAUGCAGAGACUGGCCAGCCGUUGGGAGAGCCACUCCGAGGUCAUCAAGACUGGGUCACCGCUGUCACAUUCUCACCAGAUGGCUCGCGAAUUGUCUCUGGCUCAGGUGACAAGACACUUCGACUGUGGGAUGCAGAGACUGGCCAGCCGUUGGGAGAGCCACUCCGAGGUCAUCAAGACUCGGUCACCGCUGUCGCAUUCUCUCCAGAUGGCUCGCGAAUUGUCUCUGGCUCAGGUGACAAGACACUUCGACUGUGGGAUGCAGAGACUGGCCAGCCGUUGGGAGAGCCACUCCGAGGUCAUCAAGGCUUGGUCACCGCUGUCGCAUUCUCGCCAGAUGGCUCGCGAAUUGUCUCUGGCUCAGCUGACAAGACAAUUCGACUGUGGGAUGCAGAGACUGGCCAGCAGUUGGGAGAGCCACUCCGAGGUCAUCAAGGCAGGGUCAGGGCUGUCGCAUUCUCUCCAGAUGGCCCGCGAAUUGUCUCUGGCUCACGUGACAAGACAAUUCGACUGUGGGAUGCAGAGACUGGCCAGCCGUUGGGAGAGCCACUCCGAGGUCAUCAACACUCGGUCGCCGCUGUCGCAUUCUCGCCAGAUGGCUCGCGAAUUGUCUCUGGCUCAGGUGACUGCAUAAUUCUACUGUGGGAUGCAGAGACUGGCCAGCCGUUGGGAGAGCCACUCCGAGGUAAUCCAGCCUGA